AUGUCUUUACAAUCGACUCAUCUAAAAGUAGAAUAUGUUCCACUAAAUCAAAUUAGACGACCAAUCCCCCCAGUUCUCGACUAUCAGAAAAUUGAUGCUAUGGUUUCUACCUUAAAAGGAAUUCCCCAAGCUUCCGCAACCUGUGGAAUAGAAGAAAUAACAUCAGGUGAACUACCUCCAAUAGAUGUUUUCAAAGUUAGAGAACUGGGUAAGGAUUAUUAUUUUGCCUUUGGAGGUUGUCAUAGAUUUCAAGCAUAUGAUCGUAUAGACAAAGAAAAAUCAGAGACUGUAACAAUGGUUAAAUGUAAGAUUUUACCAGCAACAAGAAAAACUCUAAAGGUAUACUUGGGGGCUUCGGUUGAUGAAAUGUUUGAUCAGAUAGAUAAUGUGUAG